CGGCGGGUCCCAGGGGAGAUGGGCCCUCCGCCGCUCUCUCAUUGGUCGCCGAGCCAUCAGCUGGUGCUAUUUGCUGCUGUCGCUUUUGGCGCUCGGCCAUCCAGAAACAAACCACUUCGAUGACUACUAAUAGUUAUAGCCAGAUGUACUAAUACACAACAAAUCACGGUCCGGGAUCUGGGGAGAGUCAAUGAGUUCCUAUUUUGUGAAUCCCACUUUCCCGGGGAGCCUGCCUAAUGGGCAGGAGUCGUUCCUCGGGCAGAUCCCCAUCUACCCAGCCGGGUACGAGGCUCUGAGGCACUUCCCAGCCUCUUAUGGGGCCGGCAGCCUGCAGGACAAGACCUACUCCUCACCUUGCUUCUAUCAACAGUCCACCAACACGGUCAUCGCCUGCAACCGGGCAUCCUAUGAGUAUGGAGCCUCCUGCUUCUAUCCAGACAAGGACUUGGGCGGCGCCUCCUCGCCCUCCGGCAAUGGCAAGCAAAGGGCCAGCCACCUUGGGGACUAUGUGCCCUGCUUUGCUUCUGACCAGCAGCAGUACAAGCCCGAGAGCGGGCCGGCCAAAAUCCUAAACGAGGAAGGAAGCGACCGGAAGUACAGCAGCCCUGUUUAUCCUUGGAUGCAAAGGAUGAACUCGUGCGCUGGUGCAGUAUACGGGACGCACGGCAGACGGGGCAGGCAGACCUACACCAGAUACCAGACCUUAGAGUUAGAGAAGGAAUUUCACUAUAACAGAUAUUUAACCAGGAGGCGACGGAUUGAGAUAGCGAACGCUCUCUGCCUCACUGAGCGGCAGAUUAAAAUCUGGUUUCAAAACAGGAGGAUGAAAUGGAAAAAAGAAAGCAAACUCAUCAAUUCCACCCAGCCGGGAGAAGAAACAGAGGAAAAGCCAGGGGAGUAAUACAAUGCUUACAACGAAGCGGGGGUGGGGAGUUGCCACCAUACCCUUUCAUUAGUUGCUUUUUUUCCAUCUCCCCUUACCCCUCCCCUCUUACGUUCCUCCAGGAAUAUAUAGAUAUAUAGAUAUAAUUCGUAUUGUAAUGAUUCUGACGACUUUCAAAGGCUUGAUUAAAAUAUAUACCUAUUUAUAUAUAUCUAUAUAUAUAUGCAAUUAACUGUGAAUUUCUGGAUCGGUAGAAUAAAUGGACAUGGAAGGGAGUGGUGUACAUAGCCAGGUCUCCAAAGUGUAGGUUAGGGUAUGCUUCAGAUGGUAUCAAGAUUCUUUAAAAAAAAUCCCACACCAAACAAACUUUGAAGUGGAGCAUCGGUGUUAAUAUGAAAGACUGGAAAUUGGUGGAAUGUCUUCCAGGGACAAAAAGGGGGGGGGCGGUCGCUUGUUCAGAGGAAAACCUCUAUAUUCUAGGACGGCCAGAGAUGUACAGGCGUCUUAUUUAUGUCUUUGCUGCUAACUCGGGAUAGAUUGGUGCCAUUGUUCGUCUCAUUUUCACCUCAGACCUGAGCCCAUUCAUUCAGAUUUUUU